AUGAAGGUCCAGCUCCUCAUCCCCAUCCUUCCAUUCCUCGUUGGGCUCGUGGCCGCCUUUCCAGCCGUGGAACCUUCCAGUGUUCCGGCAGUGAGCUCCACGAUCCCUAAUGACGUCCCUAUUUCGAUACCGAUUCCUCUACCAGAGGGCCAGGACACUGGCGGCGACGAGGGUGCAUUCGAAGACGAAGGGCAGAGCGCGAUCGACGAAGGGUCACUUCCAAGGGAGGGCCCGCUGGAGAAGCGUAAGCUUCCGGCGUCAAUUCAUUGGGAGAAGCACCCCAACAUCAACUUUAAAGUCGGAAGGAAUAUCAAUGUCAGAGCUGAUGUCACCUUGCACAAGGAUGGGAAAGUUCGGUUCUACACUGAGGUCAACAACCGACGUCGAUGGGCCCAUACAAACAAGACCGUUACCAACACGAACGUCAAGAAUAAUUGGCAAAGCAUCAAUGAGAAUCCCGAAUCUUUGAGCUGUUUCGCUACUGCAGCAUGGAAUUUCGGAAAAGUCGUUGAUUGGGUUCUUGACUGGAUCAAAGAUCACAAGGAAGAAACUAUUGCGGUGAUUGCUAUCAUUUCUGCUGUUGUUGCAGCGUCCUGA